AUGCUUCUCUCCCCCCCUCCAGCUGCAGUGCCCUCCGCCUGCUCCUCCGACACCACCACCUCCGCGCUGCCGCCACCUACGAUCUGCGCCACCGUGUUACUCCUGCCCACCACCUUCACCUUCAGCCCCACCCUGGAACAGCGGCAAGAGGAGGGCGAGGGGAGCGGGAAGGGGGAGGGAAGGGGAGGGGCGGAUUCCGCCCGCUCCUCCUCCACCACCGCUUCCUCCUCGCCAUCUCCUACUGGCCAUGUAUCUCGCAAGGGCGGGCCCCCCCGGGUUCCCCAACCCCCCUUCCACUCGGAACCUCACACGGGAGAUCGUAAGCCCAUUUACAUUGGCUUUGGAAGCAUGACGGUUUCGGAGGGCCGUGCGGUGGCGGCGGCGAUUCGGGAGGCGGUGGCGGCUACGGGAGUACGGGCCGUGAUGUCCGCGGGGAACUGGGGCUGUCUGACCCAGGACGGCACGGACGGGGGGAGGGGGGAGGGAAAAGAAGAGGAGAACGGCUGUGCAGUCAGCCGCGGCGGCGGCAGCGAGGGUGCCUUGGACUCAACAGCGGGAGCGGCGGCAUCACCCACCGGCGGCGGCGGCGACGACGAUAUUUUGUUCGUACACGAGGAUGUUCCCCAUACAUGGUUGUUCCCCCGGUGCAGCGCCGUCAUCCACCAUGGCGGUGUGGGCACCACCGCGGCCGGUCUGAUGGCGGGGUGUCCCACCUUCAUAGCACCCAGCUUCGGAGACCUGUUCUUCUGGGGGGAGCUAUGUGGCAGGGCAGGUGUUGGACCUGCGCCGAUUCCAAUCUACAAGCUAACUGCACGUGAUCUUGAACGUGCAAUUCGUGUCCUGAUGUCGGAGAAUGUGCGCGCCGCGGCGAAGAGAGUGGGCAGCCGCUUAUCCAGGCUUAAAACCCUGCCAGCGAAGCUGCAGAGGCUUGAUGCUAUAUUUCCCUCCUUCGUCACAGCAAGACGCGACCGCGGCGAAGCACGGAAUGGGCCGAACUUGGACCUACAAAAGUUGCAUGAGGCUCGCGAGAUACCUGCUGGCCAACGCGUGGAUUUCUCCGUAGUUAUCGGUCACGCUGUAUACCAAACGAAUAGCGAUACGAAGGUGCUCCCGCCUGGCUGCAUGACCGGCCUGGAAUUUUUGCGGUUUUACAAGAUGCCCAUGGACAUGGGUGCGACGACAACCGCGACCUCUUCGCAAGGCACCUUGCCUCCCGGAGGCGUACAUGGUCUUGGUUCGGCGACAUCUGACACGAUGGUAUCAUCCGCCAUCAAGGCCAUCACUGAUUCACUCAGGGGCUUUGCCGGCAGCUUCCGUAUUCUCACUUCCAGCGCCGACACCAAUGCCCGCCUCAGCAAAACCUGGUCGAGCAUCGUAAACUUUGACCCGCAUCAGUACGCGGAUAAGUUCGAGGCACAGGCCUACAAGAAUCUGGACUCUAUGACGAAGUGGAUGCGUGACCUGCAGGACGCGGUUUUUAAGCCGAAGGCUUGAGCUCUAUCACGCUCGAGCUCGCCGGCGGGUUAUUGUGCUCGCGUUGGUAACCAAUGCCCUGUUUGCCUCCGGUGCACCUUAUAUAAUAGAUGAAACCCCCUCCAGGGUUCCCGGGCAUGUCCUAUCUGAUGGCGCGACCGCGAUGUGAAUUCCCGAACCAUUUCUUGCAAUUGUAUUAUUAACAUUUGGGUGGUGUCUGUUGCAAGUGUUUUCAUCUGGGUUUCUGCUGUUCGCUUUUCCUAGCAAGU